AUGGCGAAUGCAUACAAUAACAACGAAGAGACUGAUGAUAGUUCAUCAGACAAUGUGCACAAUGUGUCAUGUGAUGGGUGUAAUUCAACGAAAAUCUAUAGUGAUCGAUACAGAUGUUUACAAUGUAUUGACUAUGAUCUAUGCGGUAAUUGUUUUGAGGAACGACGUCAAACGAAAGAACAUCUCAGUGGUCAUGCGAUGGCACAUCUAAAAAUUCCCAAUGAAUUAUUCGGUCAACAAAUUCGUCAUUCUAAGGAUAUAACUCUGACAAAAAUUCAAGAACUCCUAGCUGGUAAACAUCACGAUAUCGUAUGUAAUGGUUGUCGAACAUCGAUUGUGAGCGUUCGAUUCAAAUGUGAUACUUGUUACAACUAUAAUCUAUGUUCUCAAUGUAUGAAACAGCGAGUGACCAGCAAGCAGCAUCAGAACAUGCAUCCAUUAGUAGCAACCAGCAAUCAAAGUCUGACGAAAAUCGAUAUCAGCGACAUUCGCAAGGGAAAUGUACUCGGCCAAGGAGCAUUCGGUCAAGUUUGUAAAGCAAAAUGGUUAUCAAAAAAUCGUCAAGUAGCUUGUAAAGUGAUUCGAGUGAUACCACAACGACGUCACUUGGAAGAGAGUUUUCGCAAAGAAUUAGCUGCCUAUGUCGAACUAUCCGGCGCAUUUAUUCUUAAAACAUUCGGUUAUGGUGAUCGAAUGCUAGACAAUGGGAUAAAAGAGUGUUACUUGAUUACUGAAUUUAUGCAUCGUGGUAGUUUAGCUGAUGUAAUUCAUAAUCGAGAUGAGAAAAUCUCACUUCGACGUAAACUCUCCAUGGCCUGUCAUAUUGCCAGUGGCAUGCGUAAAUUACACGCACACACGAUGAUUCAUCGGGAUAUUCGUCCCGAUAAUAUCCUUGUAUCGAAUAAUUUUACAGCAAAGAUCGGUGAUAUGGGCAUUGCACAUAUAUUCAAUCCAGACGAACGCCACACACUGAUUGGUUGCUUGCCUUUCAUGCCACCGGAAUUCCAUCGUGGCGAUGGCCAAUAUGAUCAAUCACUAGAUGUGUUCACCUAUGGAUUGACAUUGAAUGAACUAUUUACAGAGAAAGUUCAUCGAUUUAAUCAAUCGACCAAGCAUGUUCAAUUAAUCGAACAAAGUCCAAUUUUCAUCGAUUUGAUCCUUCAAUGUAUUCAAAAUGACUCGACUCGCCGACCAACUGCUAUCGAAUUGGAAGAUAUUCUUCGUAAGUAUCGACAAGCAACGGAUCGAUAUAUCAAAGAAAAAUGUCCCAAUUAUACAAAUCAAACAAUAGCAACAAAAGAUAGUAUUUUUGUUCGUUUCUAUAAUGAAUACUACCAGCAGGAGAAAGUCAAACCGAAAGCGGUUUUUUCGCCACCACCCAGAUCACAUGUGAAUUUGGGUCUAAUUAGACAACAUUUCGAAGAUAUGAUGAAGCAGUCCAGUAGUGUUCAUGAAAAAGAUGCCGAUCGUAACAAAGAUCGGCCCGAGUUGGUGAAAUUGAAAAAAUAUCUGGAUAAUCCAAGCCCCACGCCUGUUGCUGAGCCCAUUAAAAAAGAUCGACGACCAUCAACACCAAUAUCAAAUUUUCAUCGAAUCGAACAAGUGCAUCAUCAACAAUUUAUUCGUGUCGUCAAACAUCAACGAUCGCGGACGCCCAUUCCAAUACCUCCCCAUCUCAAUGAUCCACUACAUGAUCAAGAUUUUUUCCAUAUGCCAGAUCGAUUUAGAGCAUUCGGGGCUGAUCACAAUAUCGAACAACGUAUGCGACGACUGUGUCUCGAAGUAGGCGUCGAUCAGCCAUCGCCCCAUUUUGAUCAGAUCAUGCGAAAAUUCAAAUAG